CCUAAAUGGGUUGGAGGAUUUCAGACCUCAUGUUUAUUUCUGGUCAUAGCUUCUACUACCCACAAACUCUCUUCAAAAACUACUUGUUUUCCUUCACAUUUGUUCAACUCUUUAUCCCUUUGUACCCACCCAUUUCUUCACCCAAAUCAUCAAAUCUUGGUUUUUAGUCAUAAAUUUCCAAACUUUACACACACCCACAAAAAAAUCUCAAAACUUUUCAUCUGGGUAUCUCUUAAAUCUUCAUAAAGAUUCUUCCUUCAUUAGAUUUGGGCAAAAAGUUUGAAUUUUUACCAUCAAGAAGCUUGUUUUGGGGCUGAAAUUGUGAAGAAUGGUGGGGGGUAUAUCUGUGGUGGGUUCAUCAGUUAUUGAUUCACAUACUUCACCAUGUUUGUGUGUGGAUUCACUGAGUUCAAAAGGUCAUGUGAAUUAUUAUACUCAAAAUGGGCAUAAAUCUGUUGGUAAAAAGCAGUUGUUUGUUCCUGGUUCUUUGGAGUUAAGAAGCUCUUUUGUUCAGUCAAAUUACUCUGUGAGAAUACCUUGUUAUAAGGUGCAGAGGAAGUCUAAAGGUCUUGUGGUUGUUAAUGAACUUGGUGGUCAGUAUGAUGACACUUUUCGUGAUGUUCAAGCACAACUCUUUAAUCUAUUCACUUACAAAGCCGUGAGGACUGUUAUGAACCAACUUUAUGAGAUGAACCCAACGGAAUACCGUUGGUUUUAUGAUUUCGUGGUGACGAACAAACCGAACGAUGGAAAGCGCUUUCUUCGUGUCCUCCAAAAGGAGAAACAUGAGCUUGCAGAAAGAGUAAUGGUGACCCGUCUUCACCUCUAUGGAAGGUGGAUUAAGAAAGUGGAUCAUGCCGCCAUGUAUAAAGAUCUAUCGGACCAGAAUUUGGCGUUGAUGCGUGAGCGCCUCAUGGAGACGGUGAUAUGGCCUUCUGACGACGCCAAUUGGGAGAACUAUGAUUGAGGAGUUGAAGGUUUAUUGUUGUUGUUUCGAUCUUGUUUAGGUAGAAUGAAGAAGAAUUAUAGGGAAAUCUCCUUAUAUGUAUAUGACAUUGUGCAUAUAUAUAAUUGUUUUUAGAUUGGUUUGAUGCUUCA